AUGGAUGAGGCGGAUAUCCAAAAAAUUGCGCAGGAUGCUGCUGAACGUGCAAAAAAAGCUGCCGAAGAAGAGGGAAGCAAACUCGUCGAUGAGCUGCGCGGUAAGUUGGAACAGUUGGAGCUGGAGGUAACGUGUGCAAUAUGCAUGGAUCAACGUUGUUGUGUUGUGUUCCAGUGCGGGCACAUGGCCUGUGCGGAAUGCAGCUCACCGUCUAAGCUGAAAAGCUGCCAUAUUUGUCGACAGAACAUAAAACGCAGAACAACUACCUACACGUGA